AUGAAUGGCAUGCCAGAGUCUCUUACCAUCUCCUCGGAAGAUUUCCAGGCAAUCCGUGUCAUAUUCCAAGAUCUCUUCAACCAAUACGACAUACCCUACCCAUCCUCUGGAUCCGUCUUGCUUGACCCUAGUUACUACUCCGAUUGCUGUGCCUAUGCAUUCUCAAAAGGCUACAGUGUCACACCGUCCUCCGAGGUUCACCGCCACAUCCAAAUCGGCUCGAUAAUGGGCCAGCUCGCAUACGGCCACCUCCCGGACCGUGCUGCGCAAAUAUAUGUCGCCAUGUUCACUGCAGUGCUCGUCUGGAUUGACGAUGUCGCGCAGUCGGACGUCGAGCGUGCUCGCUCCUUUUGCGGCUGCUUCAUCAACGGUCGCCCUCAGCCGGAUCCUGGGCUCGAGCUCGUCGCGCAGACGCUUCACGAUGCGGCGAAGUUGUAUGCACCUGUGCAAGCAGCGAUGAUUGUCAACUCUGCUCUGAAUUUCAUCAACGGAAGUGUGCUUGAAUAUGAUUUGCGUGAUAUGAAGCUGUCACCAGAGGCGCCGGAGUAUCCAUACUUUGUCCGCACACUGACAGGGAUUGCCGAAGCCUUCGCCAUCAUGGUCUUCCCCUCGGAUGUUCCAUUCGAGACGUAUAUUCAGGCGCUUCCAUCUAUCAUGGUCUUUGCCAACGUGACCAACGAUGUCCUCUCCUUUUAUAAGGAAGAGCUUGCUGGCGAGAAUAUCAACUAUGUUUCUCGUGCAGCGUUUGCCAGGGGCGUCAGCAAAGUCACCGCGCUGCGUACCAUUGCCAACGAGACGAUCAGCGCGGACCGUCGAGCGCGCAAGGUACUUGACGCGGACAAACAGACGCGCGAGGCUUAUGCUAGGUUCAGAGAGGGGUUCACAUUGUUUCAUGUUGCGUCGAGACGGUACAAGCUAGACGACCUGGGUCUAUGGGAGAGGCCGUAG